UUCCUCUCCUGAAAUCACUUUGAGAGCUGCGACUCUUGGAGGAGAGCUGAAUGCAGGCUUCCUCAAAGGAUGUAGUUAGACAGCUGUGCCAGGAGUGCUUUUCUAGUUCAACAAGUGGCUCAAACAGGUUAAUUGACAGCACCUGUUCCAGUCUGUCUGUAACACCAGAAGAAGCAGCUCAACUAAUCUGCUCUUUGCACAGCCUCACCAGGCACGUUGUAUAUCGAGGCCUGAUGUCACCAGAAGAAAUUCUCCCUCUUUUCCCAGGAAAUUUCCACCAGAAUUUAAAAAACCUCUUAACCAAGAUAAUCUUGGAAAACAUCUCUGCCUGGAGGAAUGAAGCUCAAGCAAAUCAGAUCUCCUUACCUCGAUUGGUUGAUAUGGACUGGAGAGUGGACAUCAAGACUUCUUCGGACAGCAUUAGCAGAAUAGCGGUCCCAACCUGCCUGCUACAGUUGAAGAUUCAGGAGGAUGCUGCCUUGUGUGGGAAUAACCCAAUGAUCUCUGCAAUGACUGUCGAGUUGAGUAAAGAAACCCUGGAUACUAUGUUAGAGGGCCUGGGAAGGAUCCGGGACCAGCUCUCUGCCGUUGCAAACAAAUGAAUGCCUGGGGUGUACAUCUCAGCUGCCACUCAAACCUGGAAAGGACCUCUCCUCCAUCUUAAUUCAAGCUCUCUUACUUUCUGGGAUCUUGCUCUCUUUGUUAACUAGAAAUUUUUUUUAAUGAAUUGUUUUGCUGAUAACACAGCUUUUCCCAGGCAAACACUUAAACGUGCCCUUGGUCCAGUGCCAAAUGUAUUUACUAAUGUUGAAUGAAAACUGGUCUGUAUUUCAAGGAAGGAUUUAAAGCCUCAGAGUCUGACUUAAUCAUGAGGGCUGGAAUGGGAAUAACAAACACCAGCAACCAAUGAAGCGAAUUUAUCUCCCUGCCCUGAAAUAAGGGACUUAAAAAGCUCAGGCUGGCUAAUGGGCUAGCUUCCAGCAUUAGCAGACAUUGAGGGUGCUUCUCUCUUGACUAUGCAUGUAUGGAGGUGCAUGCUGUAUGAAUCUUUUUCUCUCUCCCUCUCAAUGAGGCACAGCCAUGCCGCAGAUUGUUAUUACAGGAUAAUGCUUUGAAAUAAGGCAAUUAUGCUGUAGUGCAUUCCCUUCUGAUCAGCUGUGUAUCACCAUUUGCAAAAUGACUGAUCUGAACUCCUCAGUCUAAGUAACUGGGUUGGAACAUCUUUAGCAGCAUGUAAUUUCUUCCUUCCAUUUGAAAAGAAAAGGGGGGUUUGAUCACAGGUGUUGGGUUUAUUAGACUUAAGCUUUGUCUUCUGCAAAAAAAAAAAGGAAGCGAAGACAGAAGGUAAAGGAUCAAUAGCAACUGUCUGUACCACAAAAAGCCUUUGUGUGGCAAUCAGUGCCUGUACUCCCCGACAUGUCAAGUUAUAGGUUUGUGUAAAACAAAUCUUUUAAUAAAAGACACAAUUAAACUGC